GAGAGAGAGAAGGAGGGAGAAAGAGAAAGAGAGAGACAAUAGACUUUAAUCACUCAUGUGGUUGAGAGCUGUUGGCAAGCCAAGUUCCAUGCGCACAGAGAGAGGGGGAAAAAAAACUGGAGAGGGGAAGAUAGAAACUAUAAGACUGAGGUGGACAACUUGAGAGGAGAGUUAUCAUUAGUCACACCUCUGAGCUGAAGACAAGUCCAGUCGACAACCAGACUGAGGAGGGAGGAGGAGGUGAUCAAAACUUCUGACAAUCAAGACCUAAAAGAGCCCAGCUGAUCCAAACUCAAAACUUAAAUCCUCUUCAUCUUGAUUGUCAACACUUGAAGACCCCUGCUCCAGAUUUCUACUGCUUCCACUGAAGACGUCUCCAACCACUCUGCCGUCCAUACUGGAGUAUGCACUGCCAUCCCUGUCACCCCUGCCGCUGAUCCAGGCGGUCAGCAUGAUCUCCCACUGCCCUCUGGCCACCCUGCUGCCCUGGCCUGCGGGUCCCCACUACCACUGCCCAGACUUGGACUGCACCUUACUGCUGGAGGGGGAAGGCGGCGUCUCCUUGCAGAGGUACCAGCCUCGCUCCCCAGAAAGCAGCCCGCGACACUGGAGCUCGGUGCAGGACUGGGGGGAGGAAGUCGAGGAAGGAGCUAUCUACAACGUGACACUGAAGAGGGUUCAGAUUCAGCAGGCGGCCAACAAGGGCGCAAGAUGGCUAGGGGCGGAGGGCGAUCGUCUACCUCCCGGCCACACGGUGAGCCAGCUGGAGACCUGCAAAAUCCGAAGUAUCCGCGCUGGAACACUAGAGCGUCUAGUGGAGACGUUAUUGACAGCGUUUGGAGACAACGACCUCACCUACACUUCCAUCUUCCUGUCCACCUACAGAGCCUUUGCGAGCACACAGACUGUACUGCAGCUACUGUUAGACAGGUAUGGAAGUGUGGAAGAAAACGAGCAAGACACAGGCAGACGCCAAAGCUCUGAAACCAACGGAGCCAUCAGAAAUGCCUUGGCCUCUAUCCUGCGUGCCUGGCUGGACCAGUGUCCCGAGGACUUCCAGGAGCCUCCUGACUACCCCUGUCUCCACAGGCUGAUGGACUACCUGCGCAGGGCCCUGCCAGGCUCGGAGGCUCUUAGACGAGCAGAGGGUCUGCUGGAGCAGCUGCAGAGUCAGGCCAGCAUGGACGACACUGAUGCUGGUUUCCACGGCAACAGUUCUUUCUGCCUGGGGGAGGAGGAGGAAGUGGAGAUCGAGGUCCAGGAGGACUUCCUGUCAUUUGAGGCUGACGUGGUGGCUGAGCAGCUGACCUACAUGGAUGCGCUGCUGUUUAAAAAGGUUGUACCCCACCACUGCCUGGGCUCUAUCUGGUCCCAGAGGGAUAAGAAGCACAACAAGCACAGCGCCCCCACAAUUCGUGCCACUAUUACGCAGUUUAAUGCUGUGGCAGCCUGCGUGGUCAGCACAGUGUUGAAACACAGACAGAUCAGACCACAUGUCAGAGCGCGGGUCAUCCAGCACUGGAUAGACAUCGCUCAGGAGUGUCGAAUACGCAAAAACUUCUCGUCUCUGCGAGCCAUUGUAUCUGCGCUGCAGUCCAACCCGCUGUACAGGCUGAAAAGGGCAUGGGCCUGUGUGCACAAAGACAGCAUGCAGACAUUUGAGGAACUGUCUGACAUUUUCUCUGAUCACAACAACUACCUGACCAGCAGAGAGCUCCUCAUGAGGGAAGGCACUUCAAAGUUUGCCAGUCUGGAGAGUUGUGCCAAGGAGCACCAGAAACGCACCCACAAGAGACUACAGUUGCAGAAGGAAAUGGGAGCAAUGCAAGGAACAAUACCGUACUUGGGGACCUUUCUAACCGAUCUGACUAUGUUGGAUACAGCCCUGCCUGACCUAGUAGAGGGUGGCCUGAUCAACUUUGAGAAAAGACGCAGGGAGUUUGAGGUGAUAGCUCAGAUCAAGCUGCUCCAGUCGGCCUGUAACAGCUAUUGUCUGAAUCCAGAGCCGGCUUUCCUCCGCUGGUUUAAGAGGCAGACUCAGCUCAGUGAGGAGGAAAGUUACGCUUUGUCCUGUGAGGUUGAAGGUCUUGGUGACAGCAGUCCAACCUCACCCAAACCUCGAAAAAGCAUGGUGAAGAGACUCAGCCUGCUGUUUCUUGGAACAGACAGUAAUGCAGCCAGUUCUCCAGUCAGAGAGACGCCCCGCUCGCCUCCUACUGGCAGCUCAGGGGAGAGCAUGGACUCAGUCAGCGUGUCCUCUAGUGACUCCAGCAGUCCGUCAGACAGCGAGGGCCUCACCCCCACUCACACCUCCGAUUCCCAGCAGAACAAGCUAUCAGAAUCCUCCUCUUGUACUUCACUCCACUCCAUGGACACAAGCUCAUCGACAGCCAGUGUCUCCAUGACUCCUGCAUCUCCCUCACUCCCCGGGCCCCCCUGUAACCACAGACGCUCCGUCUCCCUCACACCCAUGUCCCCUUGCUCUCCGAGCCAAACCCCAGCUUAUAACACCCAGGCCCAAGAUGCAUGCAUCAUAAGAGUCAGUCUGGAGCACGGCAACGGGAAUCUCUACAAGAGCAUAUUGUUGACCAAUCAAGACAAGACCCCAGCUGUAGUUUCUAGAGCCAUGGCAAAGCACAACCUGGAGGUGGAGCCAGAGGAGGGAUACGAGCUGGUACAAGUCAUCUCUGAGGAGAGAGAACUGGUGAUCCCAGACAACGGCAACGUCUUCUACGCCAUGAACACCUCAGCUAACUUUGACUUUCUGCUGCGGGUGCGAGGCUCAGCGCGUCAGACAGUCCAGCUGCGAAGCCGGUGUAGCUCCACACUCCCCCGCACCCAGCACCGCUCGAGCCUGUCGCUUAGACUCAGCAAGGUCACGCUGUGACUCCUGAACUGCAGGGACCCAGCAGUUUGCCCUUACACCACUAAUCCAGGACAAUGCAAAGCAUGGACUUGAUGUGUGAACUGUUGGGUUGUAGAUGAAGAGGCUGGAUGGAUAAAUGGACGAGGUGCUCUGGAAAACUGCUGAUGGAUCCCAAUGAGUUUUCAGACUCUUUAAGAGCUUUGACUCUUAUUUUGCCAGUUUAGUCUCACCCUGAACUGUAUGGAACAUGGGUGUGUAGCGUGACUGCUGUGCCAGUGGGACUUGACUUUUGACUAGUGAUGCCUGUGAAACAGCGACCCCAAGUGGCCUCCACUCUUUACAACAGGUUUUUGCACGUUAUGGGAGCAGCCAAACUCCUGACCUCCAACAGUAUUCUGAUAUUGAAUGAACUUUUUUUUGUCCUGUGAUGUCUGUGUAGCUGAAUACUUACAUUUCUUAGUAAUAGAAGUGUGAUGAAAGAAGAGUGGAGUGUGUCGAGUCCUGUUGCCUUUAUCGAUGAAUGAAUGGACCUUUGACGGUAUUCUGAAUGAUAUUGAUUACUUGAUUGACAGGAGCUGUGAUGUCAUUAUUUUACCAAGUCGGGCAUGUUUAGCUGCCAUGUCCGGCACGUGCACAGUGUGCACUAUGUGCGUGUGUUCACCCCCUCUCAUAUUGUGAGCUGUGUGACGAAUGCAGCGUUACGUGCAUUCUGAUUGGUUCCAUUACUUGGUUUUAACAAGUCAUUGGCAGAUAUUUAAAUGUCCUUUCCUGCCCUAUCUUUAGGGUGUAGAGGUUAAAUUUGUGCUGCUUUCUAAUCCAGAAAGACGUUCCCUCACAUCCUCGCAUUUUCAGAUUUGUUUGAAAAAAAAAAAGAAGGUAAUAAAUGUACAAGAACAGAGAAGAGGAGGGAACUGACUUUCUGGAAUGGAAAACACCAUGUAAAGUGUCUCAAACUGAUGCAUACUUGUACCUCUUUGCCCUUCAUUAUAUGAACUAUAGAGUUGCACUUGUCAGUUGGUAGGAGAUACCAAUGGGAUGUGAAUACAGAAGAAUGAGCAAGCCACUCUGUAAGUGGUUUUCUCCCUCUUCACUAAAUGAAUUACUAUUUUUGUUUGUAAUUGUUGCUUUUUAUAUGUUUUUGUAACACAAUUCAGGCCAGAAAUGUAUGCCAGAUUGGAGAGUGAUAGAGGAUUUUUAAAAGUACAUGUUAACAAAUGUCACAAAAAAAAGAAAAAGCCAGUGCCAGAUUUUACUGUGAUACAUUUGGAAAUCUUUACUGAGGGACCCUUCACUUCAUUACACACACAAAAGCCAAACACCUCUUCGCACAGUAAACAGCCAUCUGUUUGUCUCAUGGACACGCUCCUCAUUUCCAGCACCAUCAUAGUUUCACAGCAGCAUCACCAACACUUAUCACCUGUCACAUAACAGCCACACAUGUGCAGAUAAACACUCACGUCAUUUUUUUCCCUUUCAGUUGCAGUCCACUCCUGCAGAUCUUCCAAUGUCAUGCUAUUGUGCCACAUUACAUUCCCCCCUGGGAGAACUGGUUCACUGUUGGACUUGUGUUAAUGGCCCAGUUAUGUAUCUCCAUGCAGCACUUCACUUUAAAAUGUUCUCAUUAAAUCACCCUCAGUUCCUGUGUUCUUCACUGCCAAAGACUCUUCCUCUACCUUAAUAAAUAAAUUAUUAUCAUUAUUA